GUCAUACUGACAGCAACCCAGCACAAUGGGGAUCUCCACGAUCAUCCUCCAAAUAUGUCUUUUUUGGGGUCAUGUUCUCUCUACAGGUACCGAUUCAGAUUACCUCGUAGCUAGUCAAGAGACUCCAUACUUCACACACUCUGGUUUGCCUGUGAGGCUGGUGAAUGGCGGUGACCAGUGCCAGGGCCGAGUGGAGGUCCUGUACCAAGGCUACUGGGGCACCGUGUGCGAUGACAGCUGGGACACCCAGGAUGCAGAUGUCGUCUGUCGGCAGCUCGGCUGUGGCCAUUCUGUGUCAGCCCCGGGAGGGGCUCACUUCGGUCAGGGAUCAGGGAACAUUCUCCUGGGUGCAGUGUACUGCUCAGGAUGGGAGCCCUACCUAUCGAGCUGCGGCCAUGAUGGGUGGUACAACCAUGACUGUGGCCACAGGGAAGACGGGGGAGUCGUGUGCUCAGAUUCUUUGGCUUUCUCUGAGUCAACCACUGAGCCGCCUCUACCAGGCACUGAUUCCGGUUUGGCCCUGAGGCUGGUGAACGGAGGACACCGCUGUCAGGGCCGUGUGGAGGUCCUGUACCAGGGCUCCUGGGGCACCGUGUGCGAUGACAGCUGGGACACCAAUGAUGCCAACGUGGUGUGCAGGCAGCUGGGCUGUGGCUGGGCCGUGUCUGCUCCGGGAAAUGCCCGCUUUGGUCAAGGCAAUGGGUCAAUCGUCCUGGAUGAUGUGGCCUGCUCAGGUCAUGAAUCCUACCUGUGGAACUGUCCCCACCGCGGUUGGCUCUCCCACAACUGCGGGCACCAGGAGGAUGCAGGGGUCAUCUGCUCAGAUUUCCCACAGCAGUCCACGCCACCCCUCACGCCCACGCCCAUGCCCACGUCCACACCAGGCACUGAUUCCGGUUUGGCCCUGAGGCUGGUGAAUGGAGGACACCGCUGUCAGGGCCGUGUGGAGGUCCUGUACCGGGGCUCCUGGGGCACCGUGUGCGAUGACAGCUGGGGCACCAAUGAUGCGAACGUGGUGUGCAGGCAGCUGGGCUGUGGCUGGGCCGUGUCUGCUCCGGGAAAUGCCCGCUUUGGUCAAGGCAAUGGGCCAAUCGUCCUGGAUGAUGUGGCCUGCUCAGGUCAUGAAUCCUACCUGUGGGACUGUCCCCACCGCGGAUGGCUCUCCCACAACUGCGGGCACCAGGAGGAUGCAGGAGUCAUCUGCUCAGAUGCAUCAACUCCCUUUACAACAUCUGCUCCUUUUCCCACUGGCAGCCAGCCAAACGCAAACUAUUCCUGUGGAGGCUUCCUGUCCCAGUCAUCAGGGAGCUUUUCUAGCCCCUUCUACCCUGGGAACUAUCCAAACAAUGCCAGAUGUGUGUGGGACAUUGAGGUCCAAAACAACUACCUUGUGACUGUCAUCUUCACGGAUGUCCAGCUUGAAGGUGGCUGCAGUUAUGAUUAUAUUGAGGUUUUCGACGGCCCCCACCGUAGUUCCCCUCGCAUCGCUAAGAUCUGUGAUGGCUACAGGGGCUCCUUCACCUCAACAUCGAACUUCAUAUCAGUUCGCUUCAGCAGUGAUUUCAGCAUCACACGGAAAGGAUUCCGGGCUGAGUACUACUCCACCUUUGCUAAUGACAGCACUCAUCUGUUUUGCCUUCCGAAUCACAUGCAAGCCAGUGUGAGCAGGACCUACCUCCAGUCCCUGGGCUUUUUGGCCAGUGACCUUGUCAUUUCUGGCUGGAACGGGAACUACCAAUGUCAACCCCAGAUAACGUCGAGUCACGUGAUAUUCACAGUUCCCUACUCCGGCUGUGGCACCAUCAGACAGGUCGAUAAUGAUACCAUCAGCUAUUCCACCUUCCUCAAAGCAGCAGUUUCAAAUGGCAUCAUCAAAAGGAAAAAAGACCUCAACAUUCAUGUCAGCUGCAAGAUGCUCCAGAACACCUGGGUCAACACCAUGUACAUUACUAAUGACACCAUUGAGGUCCAGGAAGUCCAGUAUGGCAGUUUCAAUGUGAACAUUUCUUUCUAUACAUCCCCUUCCUUCUUGUAUCCUGUGACCUACAGCCCAUACUAUGUGGACCUGGAUCAGAAUUUAUACCUUCAGGCUGAAAUCCUCCAUUCUGAUGCCUCCCUGGCCUUAUUUGUGGACACUUGUGUGGCAUCACCAUAUCCCAAUGACUUCUCAUCUUUGACUUACAAUCUCAUCCAGAGAGGGUGCAUAAGGGAUGAAACCUUCCAAUUCUACUCCCAACCAUCUCCCCGCAUUGUCCGCUUGAAAUUCAAAUCCUUCCACUUCCUGAACCGCUUCCCUUCAGUGUACCUGCAGUGUAAACUGGUGGUGUGCAGAGCGUAUGACUACUCUUCCCGGUGCUACAAAGGCUGUGUUGUGAGAUCCAAGAGAGACGUGGGCUCCUACCAGGAAAAGGUGGAUGUCAUCCUGGGACCCAUCCAGCAGCAAGUCCCCCCUGAAGAGAAGAAGAGCCUGGGUAGGUGGCCACUCUCGGAUGACCCCACUGCCCACUGAAGUCCAGGUGCAUGACACUCGUGGAAUUAAGAUGUUUCUGUUGGUGUCAUGUUACAACCAAAUGUGCCAGGAACUCUGUGCUGUGCCAGGGCAGAGAGUUUGACUCCGAAGGCAUAUAGACCCAAUGCUUUAUCCUCUGGGUUCUGAACUCCCGGAACAUGUGCUUCUCAUGCUUAAAAUGAAAAUGUUCAUACUUACCCCUUAUGACUGUUGAGAGGGUUAAAUAAAGUAAUGUUAAUUAAACUGC